AGCCUGCAUAGACUGUCUAAAAUCUGCGUGAACGUUGAAGUUUGUCGUUGCCAACACUUUUCUUGCGCAGUAACCGACAAGCAGCCCAUGGUGUGUACCAUGGGCGAUAGGAUUAUCUCGAAGCUGCAGUUCCCGCCCGACAAACUGUGCGAUUUCAUCUUCUUCGACUCGCUGUACAAGGGAGGCCGUAACGUGCUGACCAACCCAAGUACCUACAGCAAGAGCCUCGACAUCUUCCUCAACGACCACCAUGAUUACCGAGUCACAACCCUCGGCGUCGGCUUCGCGUUCUACUACUUGUCGAAAGUGGAGGAAGAUUUGAUGGUGAGGAACCCAAGCCCACUAGCACCCUUCUGGAAUCGGGGCAUUUUCCACGCCGGGAUCAUCGACACUGCCGCGUCGGCGGCUCGAAAUCAGACGAGAGCGGCCAUUGCCACACUGAAGAUGGUAAACCGGCUGCUCGACACUCAAAGACAGAGGGGCAACUUUUCAAUCACGGCGCUCGCUCUUCCCUAUCCACAGUUCGACUGGAGCUUGGCCUUUGCCAUGGAUUUCAAUGAUCUCCGUUUCACCCCGUACCUGCUUAUCGCGUUCGGUCACUACCGGGUCGGCGACAACAUGGCCGCGCACUGCUUCGUCAUGCCGCCAACGCGUCACCCGGACGACUCGCCGCCGGACGAAAUCGCCAGAGACUACAACUUCGACCUGUCGACCGCCGUGUCCAGCCUUCGCGAGCUCUACACCAUGGGCACGAACACCCGAGGCCUCGUGUCUGUGACCCUGAAGGGGCGUUGGACAGAGCCCAUGUUCCCUGAUAAAGUCGACUUCUACAUGCGAUGUGUAUCUGACCCAGACAUCGAGCCGUUCGGCAGCUACACAGAGGUAUGUCCCGGUGGUGGCUCCGUCCUCAGGGCUACGUUAAAUUAUUCGGAAAAGCACUACGCCGUGAUCACCACCAUUAGGAUCAUCAGGCGGACAUUCGUCUACGAUGACGAGAGGUCGUUUGCUGCCAAGUUGUGCAACGUAAAGGCCUUGGACUCCACCGUGCCGUAUGGCAUCGCUGUCUACGAUAUCGACUACGACGACUAUGAAAACAAGUGCUCCUCCCUGAACAGAAACAACCGCAACAGUCGCCUGAAGGCGGUGAAGAAGGUGGUGGAGUCCUUCAGGAGGCAGAGUUUGCAUUUUGACGAGGAUACCUGUAGAGAGUACGCGUUGUCCUAAGAGUGGCCACCUGUUCUUGUCCUCGGCCCCGACACAGACUGAUCGCGCGAGGAAAGCCGUGAAAUAUAAUAGUCAUAGUCGGUGCUGCCCGACUUUUUUUCAGCGAACAGCUGCUGACACA